AUAAACACGAUCCUCUUCAGCUGUUUCUUUAGCGGUUUUAUUGUGCGUUUUUCACCUACGGUUUGGUAGAACAGUGAAAUUGUAUUGCCCAAGUAGUUAGUGCCACCAUAAUCUCAUCACAAAAUGCCAUUAGUUCGGUUACCACAUCCACUUACGCCAACCCUGUUGGUGCUGGUUUUCAUGCUCCUGGUGCCAACGUCCUCCGAUGAAACCGAUUGCAAUACCCUCCGGAUGGGUCAGUUCAUCUGUCCUAAUCCAUCGCUGCGUCAAAUCGAUCCCAAAACCCAACAACUACGGGGUUGUACGCGGGAAAACAAGGCCCGGGUUUGGUGUAUCGCCUCCGAGGGCAUCAUAUGCAGUGAGACGAAGAACAACAGUUUUACACGGGAAUUGCCAUGCAAGUGGACCAAUGGUUACCACUUCGAUACGGCCCUACUGUUGUCGGUGUUCCUCGGCAUGUUCGGUGCGGAUCGGUUUUACCUGGGGUAUCCGGCUUUGGGGUUACUGAAAUUCUGCACCCUUGGCUUCAUGUUCCUCGGCCAGCUGGUGGACGUUAUUCUCAUAGCGACGCAAGUCGUUGGACCAGCCGACGGAUCGGCCUACAUUAUUCCCUACUACGGCCCCGUCAUUACGGUCGUGCGGAGCGACAAUUGGACCUACCGACUACCGCAGGACAACUGGUGAUUGCUGGCAAACGUGUUCCGGCUGCCCCGAUGGCCAAGAACGAGGAACUAGGCUACACAAAAUGCCCUUGCCUUGUGGAUAGUUUGUUCGAGCAUCCAUCUUUCGAAUAUUGUCCUGGUGAGACACCUUAGUUUUCCCUUUGUGGAGGAAAGUAAGGAAAUGUGAUACGAAUGGAAGUUAUUUAGUUUCGUUUGUAGUAGAAACUUACACAAAACAUCGCUAGAAAAAAAAACACUAAUGUUACAAAGAAACAAAUAAAAUAAUAUUCGAAAAACGUUAAGAUAUAUGUUUUACAAAGAAAAACGAACUACUAGGAAAAUUUGACUGAUAACAUCAAAGCAUGCCACAAACUGUACUGCUUGAUUUAAAAAUAACAAUGAAUAGGAAAGAAUAUGACAUUUUUAUUUCUCUUCCUCGUUGUGUUCCUUGGAAUAGCAUUAAAUCGAACUUUUGAUAUCCUAAAAUAUUGCUUGUUAAAAGUGUGUGUUAAAUUAAAGCUCGCCUGAAGGUUGUUACCAAAUAAAAGGAUCAAU